GUGGGACAUGCGCAUUCUGCGUCUCUCUCCGCUGCGAGUCCAACCAGAGGACCCGCCGACAGCGCACUCCAGACACGCCCCCGCAUUCAUCAAGCGGACCGCGCCCACUCUCCGCCGCAGCCGGCUGCAGGACACACCUGUGACUGACGAUGAGCAGCAUAAAAGACCAGUGGACACAGGGAUCCGGGCGGGAACUUAGUUCCAAAUGCGUACCAAUCCUCCGUCGCCCGCAAGGUGAGCUGUGCGUCUCACUCUUUUCCCUGGAUCUCCCUCUGGAUUCUGACUGCCUCCUUUGUACCUCGACUCCUCGCUCGUUUGACCUGAACCCUCUGCCUGCCCCACGGACUUCCGCGUUCUCUUUUGUCAACACUUGGGUAAAACACACUUCAGUUAAUUUACACACUUAGACUAACACCAUACACUCUAUAGUUUUUGCCACGCUCCAUUUACUUAGUAUGUUUUCUGUUGAUUGAUUAUUACAUAUAUAUAUUAAUAAAUAUUUGGACAUACUGCCACCUGGUGUCCGUUUGCCGUCACGUCCUCCCUUAGUAAACCAUAACAGUAAGUUCCCGCCAGAAAAAUUAAAUAGUAGGACCUGACGGCACAGUAUUUUUUGUUGUUGUUGUUGUUUUCAUAGCCCCCAGUGACUUUAGCUCUGUCCCAGUGACUUUUUGUUUGUUUUUUUUUGGUUUUCUCAACUUUCCUCCUUCCUUUUUGCCCCUGUCACGAUGUCUUUUUCCUCCACCAUGGACAAUUUUUAUAGUCCUCAACACUCCGUCAAGGGACUGUUUAAUUUCAAUACGGGGAGGGAUGAAUUUGCCCGGCGCCUGGCCACCCACCUCCCACCCUUAGUGACAAUUCCUCAGUCAGCUGGAGGCGUUUGGCAUCCGCGUUCGGAAGGGGGGGAUAGUGCUGGUGACUGUGCUGAUGUGGUGGCGCAUCUACACCCAGCCAGGCAAACCCCUGCCAUACCUAUACCAUCUGUUUUUCAUUUUUGUACUGGUGGCUGUGCUAAUGUGGUAGCACAGCUGCAACCAGACAGACUUCCCCCUGCCCGAGAUAUCCCACCUAUCUUCCGUUUUUCCCAGCCGCAGCCACCAAUCCCCUGGCUAGCCUCCGAGCUAGUACCUGUCCCGAAGCUAGCGCCUGAGCUAGCACCAGCCCCUCGACUAGCCCCCGAGCUAGCACAAGACCCACAGCUAGUCUCCGAGCUAGCGGCAGUCCCCGAGCUAGCCUCCGAGCUAGCGCCAGUCCCCGAGCUAGCCCCCGAGCUAGCGCCAGUCCCCGAGCUAGCCCCCGAGCUAGCGCCAGUCCCCGAGCUAGCGCCAGUCCCCGAGCUAGCCCCCGAGCUAGCGCCAGUCCCCGAGCUAGCCCCCGAGCUAGCGUCAGUCCCCGAGCCAGCCCCCGAGCUAGCGUCAGCCCCCGAGCUAGUGUCAGUCCCCGAGCCAGCCCCCGAGCUAGCGUCAGUCCCCGAGCCAGCCCCCGAGCUAGCGUCAGUUCCCGAGCCAGCCCCCGAGCUAGCCCCAGUCCCCGAGCUAGCCCCCGAGCCAGCGGCAGUCCCCGAGCUAGCCCCCGAGCUAGCACCAGCCCCUUGGCAAGCCCCUGAGCUAGCACCUGUCCCCAGGCUAGCCUGUGAGCUAGCACCCAUACCUAGGCUGGCCCUGACCCCCGCCCCUCAGCCAGUAGCACUGGCUUCAGCUCCUCAGCCAUCUCCUCGUGUCCGGCGGGCUGCAGCACGGCGCCGCCCACCUCCUUGUGUCCGGCGGUCCUCACUACAGUGCCGUCCACCUCCUCGUGUCCGGCGGCCCGCACCAGGGAACCAUUCGCGCCCCCCUUACCGACGCGGCGGUCCACCCGACGCCGCCACCAGACUUGUCCCCGAUGGCUUCUGA